GCCCUCAGAGGACCAAACAUUGUCCCGUGCCCGUGCUUGGAGACAUAACGCACUGUGUGGUUGAUUUGCUUUGUCCGACUACUAAUUUAUAAAGUAGGGACGUCUGCGUUUUCGCUCAACAACCCGUAUCCAAACUGAACACCACAUUGACCUGCUAGACGGGUUUCAACAUCCCGGGUAUUCAACAUUGCUGCUGUUGUCCUCAUCUGACAGUCAAAUGAAACUACCGGUGCAAUAAGACUACACCCAUUGUCUUUCAGUGCAUUUAGCACAGAUAGGUUGUUUGGUUGUUCUUACCUACCAUUCGCUCCUCACUGUACGUUGUUAAAGUUCAGCAUGGCUACAGCAGCAGGCGAAAAAGCACCAACCACAAAGAAGAAGAAUGAGAAGAAAAUCGCCGCUAAGGAGGAAUAUAAACUGCUGUCCAAUAUCAUGGGAGUCAUGAAUAACCUGAGGAGACAGGGAACUCUUUGCGACGUCAUCCUCGUGGUCCAAGGCAAACACAUUAUGGCUCACAGAGUGGUGCUCGCUGCUGCCAGCCAUUUCUUCAACCUCAUGUUCACCACCAACAUGAUGGAGUCCACGGCACAUGAGGUGGAGCUGAAGUGUGCUGAGCCAGAGAUCGUUGAGCUGCUGGUGGAGUUUGUCUACACGGCACGCAUCUCUGUCAACAGCAGUAAUGUCCAGUCCCUGCUGAACGCUGCCAAUCAGUACCAGAUCGAGCCUGUGAAGAAGAUGUGUGUGGACUUCCUGAAGGACCAAGUGGAUGAAACCAACUGUCUGAGCAUCAGUGCCCUGGCGGAGUGCCUGGACUGUCCAGAGCUAAAGGUGGCCGCGGACGACUUCAUCCACCAGCACUUCACCGACGUCUACAAGCUGGACGAGUUCCUGCAGCUGGACGUGUUUCAGGUCACCCAGCUGCUGCAACAGGACACGCUGACCGUCAGAGCAGAGGAUCAGAUCUACGAUUCUGCAGUGAGAUGGCUGAAGUAUGAUGUCCUGAACAGGCAGAAGUAUAUAGUGGAUGUCCUGGGUAAAGUGCGUUUCCCACUGGUGUCCAAGAGCUUCCUCAGUAAGACGGUUCAGGCAGAACCACUGAUCCAGGACAACCCUGAGUGCCUGAAGAUGGUCAUUAGCGGGAUGCGCUACCACCUCCUCUCUCCGGAAGACCGCGAGGAGCUGGGGGAGAACAGCCGGCCCCGCAGGAAGAAACACGACUUCCGCAUCGCACUCUUUGGUGGCUCGCAGCCCCAGUCCUGCAGAUACUUCAACCCCAAGGACUACAGCUGGACAGACAUCCGAUGUCCGUUUGAGAAGCGACGGGAUGCCACUGCUGUGUUCUGGGACAACGUGGUCUACAUCCUGGGCGGCUCCCAGCUCUUCCCCAUCAAGAGGAUGGACUGCUACAACGUGGUGAAGGACAGCUGGUACUCCAAGCUGGGGCCUCCUAACCCGCGGGAUAGCCUGGCCGCCUGUGCCUCUAAGGGCAAAAUCUACACGUCAGGGGGGUCUGAAGUGGGAAGCUCGGCGCUGAACCAGUUUGAGUGCUACGACACGCGGACGGAGACGUGGCAGAACAAGCACAGCAUGCUAAUGCCACGCUGCAGCCACGGCAUGGUGGAGGCUAACGGCUUCAUCUACGUCUGCGGCGGCAGCCUCGGCAACAACGUCUCCGGAAGGGUCCUCAACAACUGCGAGGUCUAUGACCCCACCACAGACGAAUGGCGGGAGUUGUCUGGCAUGAGAGAGGGCAGGAAGAACCAUGGGCUGGUGGCGGUCAACAACAGGAUAUAUGCUGUCGGAGGACAGGGGGGAUUAGGCGGCCUGGACACGGUAGAAUACUACGAGAUCAGCACCAAUGAGUGGAAGCCGGCGGCGCACAUGCCGUGGCGCGGCGUGACGGUGAAGUGCGCGGCGGUGGGCGUGGUCAUCUACGUGCUGGCGGGCUUCCAGGGCGUGGGCCGCCUGAACCAGAUCCUGGAGUACUACACGGAGACGGACAAGUGGGUGUCCUGCACCAAGGUGCGCGCCUUCCCCGUCACCAGCUGUCUCAUCUGCGUGGUGGACACGUGUGGCGCCAACGAGGAAGAGGUGGUGCCCAACGACACGCCGCACACGUCCUUGUCGACCUCGUCAUCUUCCUAGCAGCUUGCGAGCCGAAGAGGACAGUGAAAUGUGUGUGUGUGCCAGUGAAACGUGUGUGUUCGUGUGUGAUUUAAAAAACGUGGUGGGCAGCAGAGCUUUGUCCUGCAAAACAUGAUCCUGUAAGGCCACACACCACUCUGCUUUCUGAGAUCUAUAGGUGGAAGACGUGUGUUUGUGACUGUAAAUUAUGAUCAUGAAUGAAUGUGGAAACUUCCUUUAGACUUUUAUUGCAAGGCUGUAAUAUGGACAUCUGUCGGACAUCUCCUCCAUACAUACAUAUUUUGAAAGUGUAGAUACGUGUAGGUUGUUUGCCAAGAAAACUGCAGCAAUAAAUAUGUCGACAGAUGUCCAUAUUUCUUUUUUUCUUUUACUCAGUGAAGUUAUCAGUGCGUUGCAUUCAUUACCAUGCUAUUUUUGUUUACCUUGUUACCUUAUCUUGUACGCCAGCACAUAUUUACCUGUUUUUAACCUUUUCAUCCUACCAUAAUCACACACAGCCAAUCGUGCGUUGAGAAACAUUACUACACAGCUACUACAAUUUUGCGUUUUGUGGCAGUAAGUGCAGAAAAGGCACAGCUGAAAAAAAACGAUGACCUGAUAAGACUUUGGUUUGUUCGGGUGUAGCAACAUAUCCAUAUUAUAUUGACAUUAUUUAAUUAACAGCACCUUUAAUGAGAAUGUUUUAACUUAAAUUGGUUACUGUGAACCUUAUGUUUUAAUGUCUGUGUAUUACUUCCAUUACAGGAUGAUGGCAGAUUAGUCUUUCCAUGUCAAUCUGUAAUCUGGGAAUCCUUAUAUUGGUCUCCUUUACGGUGUGGAAUGCCAGUGUUCAAUUCCAAGUUGUGUAUGUCAUCUCCGUUCGCUCAAUUCUAGAGGCAGAAGAAGAUCUGAGAUGUUUGAACUCUUCUGUGUGUAACAAAAUAGAGGAUCUCAGAGAAGCAAGGGCGCCUGUCUGAAUGAACAUGGCCAUUGCUAUCUAUGGAACCAUAAACGAUGUUCAGCCUUCAGCCAAGUGAACAUGCCCAUUUGCCAUUACAGAAACCAUCAUGGACAUACAUACAGUUGAAAAUGUGUUUAUUGAGUGUGUACUUCUGAUUUGUCAGUGGAUCAGUAAGGAGGUAAAGAAGAGAAAUGGUCAGAGGAACUGGUGCGUACUUCUGAUGCCUCAAAAAUUAUUUGGUUUGGUGACAUGCAAAGGAAGCUUGAAAGCUUGUUUUUUUUUCAAGAUGUUUCUCCUCUUUUGAACAUAUACUCUGUGGCCUACGAGUGCACUUGGGUCCUGAUCUCAGAUUCUGUAAUGCUUAUUUCAUCAAUAAAAGUCAAUUUUCAGUG